AUGGCGCCUCAGCCCCCGGGCGCGCCAGCUGUCCUCCAGGGGACCCACCAGACAGAGCGGCCCUUCCCGGUCGCCCCGAGCGCGGAGGAGCCCUGCCUCGUGUCCGCUCCGCCCAGCCCCACCCGCGCGUCGGGGGACCCCGUCGAGGCCGAAGGCAGCGGCCGCCGCGGGGCCGCCAGGAGGCUGCGGGCGCGGCGCGGGGGGCGCAGCCGGCCCAAGAGCGAGCUGGCGCUGAGCAGACAGCGGCGGAGCCGGCGCAAGAAGGCCAACGACCGCGAGCGCAACCGCAUGCACCACCUCAACUCGGCGCUGGACGCGCUGCGCGGGGUGCUGCCCAGCUUCCCCGACGACGCCAAGCUCACCAAGAUCGAGACGCUGCGCUUCGCGCACAACUACAUCUGGGCGCUGACGCAGGCGCUGCGCCUGGCGGACCGCAGCCUGGACGGCCUGGGCGCGCCCUGCGAGGAGCUGGGCAGCCCGGGCGGCGGCUCCCUGGGGGACUGGGCCUCCCUCUGCUCCCCGGCCUCCCAGGCCGGCAGCCUGAGCCCCGCCGCCUCGCUGGAGGAGCGCCCCGGGCUGCAGGCGCCCGCCUCCCCGGCCUGCCUGCCCGGCGCCCUGGCCUUUUCAGACUUCCUCUGA